GGUGCAGCGAGUCUGCCUGGUGUCAGCGGCAGGAGGGGCCGGGUCCUGCGGUGACCGCUUCUCCACGCACCAUGCUGGGGCCUCGGCUGCUGCUGCUGCUGUCCUGCGGGGGAGCCCUGCUGGGCGCCGGUCUAGACGACACCUCCUUUGCCCACCCAGGACCCCAGGGGCUGAAGGACUCCCCACAGCCAGCGCCCGGCAGGGGCUGGUGCUCCACAUGGGGGACCGGCCACUUCUUCACCUUCGACGGCCACAUGUAUGACUUCGAGGGGACCUGCAACUACAUCUUUGCGGCCAUCUGCAAGGACGCCUCCUCUCCCACCUUCAGCGUCCAGCUGCGGCGAGGGCCCGGCGGGGACAUCUCCCGGGUCAUCGUGGAGCUGGGGGCCUCGGUGGUCACGGUGCAGCAGGGAGCCAUCUCCAUCAAGGAUGUGGGGGCCGUCAGCCCGCCCUACACCAGCAACGGGCUGCAGAUCACCCCCUUCGGCCAGAGCGUGCGGCUGGUGGCCAAGCAGCUGGAGCUGGAGCUGGUGGUGGUGUGGGGCCCCGGCGCCCACCUCAUGGUCCUGGUGGAGGACAGGCACAUGGGCAGGAUGUGUGGGCUCUGCGGGAACUUUGACGGCGAGAAGACCAAUGAGUUUCUGAGCGAGGAUGGCACGCGCCUGGAGCCCCACAAGUAUGCCGCCCUCCAGAAGCUGGACGACCCCAACGAGAUCUGCACCCACGAGGCCAUCCCCGGCCCCCAGGUCCUGCAGGCAGAGCAUGCCCGGACCUGCGCCCAGCUGCUGGCCCUGGUGGCCCCCGAGUGCAAUGUGCCCAAGGAGCCCUUCGUGCAGAGCUGCCAAGCCGACGUGGCCGCGUGUGCCCGGCCGGGCCAGCAGAGCUGCGCCUGCGCCACGCUCUCCGAGUACUCGCGCCACUGCAGCCUCGCCGGCCAGCCCGUCAGCCGCUGGAGGAGGCCCGGCCUCUGCUCCCUGGGCCAGUGCCCGGCCAACCAGGUGUACCAGGAGUGCGGCGAGGCCUGCGUCAAGACCUGCUCCAACCCACAGCACAGCUGUGCCCGCUUCUGCACCUUCGGCUGCUUCUGCCCGGAAGGUAUGGUUCUCGACGACGUUUCCAAAAACCUCACCUGCGUGCCCAUCGCCCAGUGCCCCUGCACGCUCGGCGGCGUGGCCUACGCCCCUGGGGAGGUCACAGCCGACGCCUGCCGCACCUGCCAGUGCACAAUGGGGCGCUGGAAGUGCGAGGAGCGGCCCUGCCCCCGGCGCUGCGCCCUGGAAGGCGGCUCCUUUGUGACCACGUUUGACGCCAGGCCCUACCGCUUCCAUGGCACCUGCACCUACACCCUCCUCCAGAGCCCCCAGCUCCCCGACGGGGGCUCCCUCAUGGCCGCCUACGACAAGUCUGGGUACUCGCAUUCAGAGACCUCCCUGGUCGCCCUCAUCUACGUGUCCAGCCAGGACAAGAUCGUGAUUUCCCAGGAUGAGGUGGUCACCAACCACGGAGACACCAAGUGGCUGCCAUACAAGACCGGCAACAUCACGGUCUUCAAGCAGACGUCCACCCACCUGCAGAUGGCCACCACCUUCGGGCUCGAGCUGGUGGUGCAGCUGCAGCCCGUGCUCCAGGCCUACGUCACAGUCGGGCCUCAGUUCAGAGGCCAGACCCGAGGGCUUUGCGGCAACUUCAACGGGGACACGACGGACGACUUCACGACCAGCAUGGGUGUCCCUGAGGGCACGGCCUCGCUCUUCGUGGACUCCUGGCGGGCAGGGAACUGCCCGGCCGCCCUGGAGCGGGAGACCGACCCCUGCUCCAUGAGCCAGCUCAACAAGGUGUGCGCGGAGACUCACUGUGCGGUGCUGGUGAACAAGGGCACGGUCUUCGAGAGGUGCCACGCCGUGGUGAACCCCAAGCCCUUCUACAGGAGGUGCGUGUACCAGGCCUGCAACUACGAGGAGACCUUCCCGCACAUCUGUGCCGCCCUGGGGGACUACGCCCACACCUGCGCCUCCAGGGGCAUCCUGCUCUGGGGCUGGAGAAGCAGUGUGGACAACUGCACCAUCCCCUGCACGGGCAACCAGACGUACAGCUAUGACAGCCGGGCCUGCGGCCGCACCUGCUUCUCACUGUCCGACCGCGCCGCCGAGUGCCACCCCAGUGCCGUGCCCGUGGAAGGCUGCAACUGCCCCGAGGGCACCUACCUGAACCACAAGGCCGAGUGCGUGCGCAAGGCCCAUUGCCCCUGCCUCUUGGACAACCACAAGCUCAUCCUGGCCGGCCAGUCCACUGUGGUUGAGGGCGUCAUCUGCUACUGUUCCAACGGGCGGCUGAGCUGCCCUGGGCGGCCGUCGAUGCUCCUGGCAUCCUGCUCGGCCCCCAAGACAUUCCAGUCCUGCAGCCAGUCCUCAAGGAACAAGUUUGGGGCGGCCUGUGCCCCCACGUGCCAGAUGCUGGCCACGGGCACCCCUUGCGUGCCCACCAAGUGCGAGCCCGGCUGCGUCUGUGCCGAGGGGCUCUACGAGAACGCCAGCGGGCAGUGCGUGCCCCCCGAGGAGUGCCCGUGCGAGUUUGCGGGGGUCUCCUACCCCCGGGGCGCCGAGCUCCACACUGACUGUAAGGCCUGCACCUGCUCGAGGGGGAAGUGGACGUGCCAGCAGAGCGCCCACUGCUCGUCCACCUGCACCCUCUAUGGAGAGGGCCACGUGGUCACCUUCGACGGGCAGCGCUUUGUGUUUGAGGGCAGCUGCGAGUACAUCCUGGCCACGGAUGGCUGCGGCACCAAUGACUCCCGGCCCACCUUCAAGAUCCUCACGGAGAACGUCGUGUGUGGGAAAUCGGGUGUCACCUGCUCCCGGGCCAUCAGGAUGUUCCUGGGGGGCUUGUCCAUCGUACUGGCGGACAGGAACUACACGGUCAGCGGGACAGACCCCCAGGUGCACUUCCGGGUCAGGGCUGGCUCCCUGCACCUGGUGUUGGACGUCACCAUCGGCAGCAGUUACAACCUGACCCUCAUCUGGAACAAGCACAUGACCGUCUCCAUCAAGAUCUCGCGAGCCUCACAGGACGCCCUGUGCGGCUUGUGCGGCAACUACAACGGGAACAUGAAGGACGACUUUGAGACACGCAGCAAGUACGUGGCGUCCAGCGAGCUGGAGUUUGUGAAUUCAUGGAAGGAGAGCCCGCUGUGCGGAGACGCCAGACUCGCACUGGACCCCUGCAGCCUCAACGCCUUCCGCCGCGCCUGGGCCGAGCGCAAGUGCAGCAUCAUCAAUAGCCAGACCUUCGCCGCCUGCCACAGCCAGGUGUACCGCCUGCCCUACUAUGAGGCCUGCGUGCGCGACACAUGUGGGUGCGACACGGGUGGGGACUGUGAGUGCCUGUGCGACGCUGUGGCCGCCUACGCCAAGGCCUGCCUGGACAAGGGCGUGUGCGUGGACUGGAGGGCCCCCGACUUCUGCCCCAUCUACUGCGACUUCUACAACUCCCACACGCGGGCGGGCGACGGCCAGUACCAGCACACCCCGGAGACCAACUGCACGUGGCACUACCAGCCGUGCCUCUGCCCCCAGCAGCUGCAGAGCCUUCCAGACACCAACAUCGAAGGCUGCUACAACUGCUCCCAGGACGAGUACUUCGACCAGGACACGGGGACGUGCGUGCAGUGCAUGCUGCUGCCCACCACGCCGCCGCCGCCCACCACAGGUGAUUGCGCACACACUAGAAGCCAGGCCUACCUUGGCCACCCCCAACAUCACAGCCACCCCCAGAACCACUGGGCCCCUCAGUUCCACGGCACCCUCACCAAGCCCCCACGCUACACCUGCAACCCCCACGGCCUCGGCCCCCGCCUCCACACAGACAGGGACAGCCCCGACCCCGCGGCCAGAACCCACAGUCUCCUCAGGAGGUCCGCCCACAGGAACAUCAUUCCGGACCACCACCACCUUCCCAACCGCAUCUCCAUCCAAGACCACUCAAUCCACUCACGUUCCAAACUCUGCCACCUCCUCUGUCACUCCCACUUCUCACAGAGUGAUCACCACAACACAACCCGAGACCCACUCUCCUUCCAUCUCUACUGCAAGGCCAACAGGCUCCUCUCCAUCAUCGACACACGUCCCUGCCACAGGCACAGUGCCCUCACCCUCCACAGUGCCGUGGACACCUACCACAAGAGGAACCACCCAAGCCCCUCACUCUGCACACUGCCCUCACCCUCCACAGUGCCGUGGACACCUACCACAAGAGGAACCACCCAAGCCCCUCACUCUGUCAGCACAGCCAAAACCUCCACCUCCCUGGUGUCACACCCCUCCGCACCUGCCCACUCUGGCACCACAUCUGCUCCACGCACCACCAUCUCCACCAAGACCACCAGUAGAGGCACCGGGAGUCCGGGGACACACACCGCCACGGCCACACCCAACAGUCCACACACUCCCUUCACUUCUCACUCUCCACACACUGGUUCCGUGUCCACCACCUCCCACAUUACAGGUCCGCCCACAGGAACAUCAUUCCGGACCACCACCACCUUCCCAACCGCAUCUCCAUCCAAGACCACUCAAUCCACUCACGUUCCAAACUCUGCCACCUCCUCUGUCACGCCCACUUCUCACAGAGUGAUCACCACAACACAACCCGAGACCCACUCUCCUUCCAUCUCUACUGCAAGGCCAACAGGCUCCUCUCCAUCAUCGACACACGUCCCUGCCACAGGCACAGUGCCCUCACCCUCCACAGUGCCGUGGACACCUACCACAAGAGGAACCACCCAAGCCCCUCACUCUGUCAGCACAGCCAAAACCUCCACCUCCCUGGUGUCACACCCCUCCGCACCUGCCCACUCUGGCACCACAUCUGCUCCACGCACCACCAUCUCCACCAAGACCACCAGUAGAGGCACCGGGAGUCCGGGGACACACACCGCCACGGCCACACCCAACGGUCCACACACUCCCUUCACUUCUCACUCUCCACACACUGGUUCCGUGUCCACCACCUCCCACAUUACAGGUCCGCCCACAGGAACAUCAUUCCGGACCACCACCACCUUCCCAACCGCAUCUCCAUCCAAGACCACUCAAUCCACUCACGUUCCAAACUCUGCCACCUCCUCUGUCACUCCCACUUCUCACAGAGUGAUCACCACAACACAACCCGAGACCCACUCUCCUUCCAUCUCUACUGCAAGGCCAACAGGCUCCUCUCCAUCAUCGACACACGUCCCUGCCACAGGCACAGUGCCCUCACCCUCCACAGUGCCGUGGACACCUACCACAACAGGAACCACCCAAGCCCCUCACUCUGUCAGCACAGCCAAAACCUCCACCUCCCUGGUGUCACACCCCUCCGCACCUGCCCACUCUGGCACCACAUCUGCUCCACGCACCACCAUCUCCACCAAGACCACCAGUAGAGGCACCGGCAGCCCGGGGACACACACUGCCACGGCCUCGGCUACUCCCGACGGGCCACACACUCCCUUCACUACUCACUCCCCCCACACAGGUUCCCUGUCCAGCACCUCCCACAUUACAGGUCCGCCCACAGGAACAUCAUUCCGGACCACCACCACCUUCCCAACCGCAUCUCCAUCCAAGACCACUCAAUCCACUCACGUUCCAAACUCUGCCACCUCCUCUGUCACUCCCACUUCUCACAGAGUGAUCACCACAACACAACACGAGACCCACUCUCCUUCCAUCUCUACUGCAAGGCCAACAGGCUCUUCUCCAUCAUCGACACACGUCCCUGCCACAGGCACACUGCCCUCACCCUCCACAAGUGAUCACCACAACACAACCCGAGACCCACUCUCCUUCCAUCUCUACUGCAAGGCCAACAGGCUCUUCUCCAUCAUCGACACACGUCCCUGCCACAGGCACAGUGCCCUCACCCUCCACAGUGCCGUGGACACCUACCACAAGAGGAACCACCCAAGCCCCUCACUCUGUCAGCACAGCCAAAACCUCCACCUCCCUGGUGUCACACCCCUCCGCACCUGCCCACUCUGGCACCACAUCUGCUCCACGCACCACCAUCUCCACCAAGACCACCAGUCCGCCCACAGGAACAUCAUUCCGGACCACCACCACCUUCCCAACCGCAUCUCCAUCCAAGACCACUCAAUCCACUCACGUUCCAAACUCUGCCACCUCCUCUGUCACUCCCACUUCUCACAGAGUGAUCACCACAACACAACCCGAGACCCACUCUCCUUCCAUCUCUACUGCAAGGCCAACAGGCUCCUCUCCAUCAUCGACACACGUCCCUGCCACAGGCACAGUGCCCUCCCCCUCCACAGUGCCGUGGACACCUACCACAAGAGGAACCACCCAAGCCCCUCACUCUGUCAGCACAGCCAAAACCUCCACCUCCCUGGUGUCACACCCCUCCGCACCUGCCCACUCUGGCACCACAUCUGCUCCACGCACCACCAUCUCCACCAAGACCACCAGUCCACCGACAGGAACAUCAUUCCGGACCACCACCACCUUCCCAACCGCAUCUCCAUCCAAGACCACUCAAUCCACUCACGUUCCAAACUCUGCCACCUCCUCUGUCACUCCCACUUCUCACAGAGUGAUCACCACAACACAACCCGAGACCCACUCUCCUUCCAUCUCUACUGCAAGGCCAACAGGCUCUUCUCCAUCAUCGACACAUGUCCCUGCCACAGGCACAGUGCCCUCACCCUCCACAGUGCCGUGGACACCUACCACAAGAGGAACCACCCAAGCCCCUCACUCUGCACAGUGCCCUCACUCUCCACAGUGCCGUGGACACCUACCACAAGAGGAACCACCCAAGCCCCUCACUCUGUCAGCACAGCCAAAACCUCCACCUCCCUGGUGUCACACCCCUCCGCACCUGCCCACUCUGGCACCACAUCUGCUCCACGCACCACCAUCUCCACCAAGACCACCAGUAGAGGCACCGGGAGUCCGGGGACACACACCGCCACGGCCACACCCAACGGUCCACACACUCCCUUCACUUCUCACUCUCCACACACUGGUUCCGUGUCCACCACCUCCCACAUUACAGGUCCGCCCACAGGAACAUCAUUCCGGACCACCACCACCUUCCCAACCGCAUCUCCAUCCAAGACCACUCAAUCCACUCACGUUCCAAACUCUGCCACCUCCUCUGUCACGCCCACUUCUCACAGAGUGAUCACCACAACACAACCCGAGACCCACUCUCCUUCCAUCUCUACUGCAAGGCCAACAGGCUCCUCUCCAUCAUCGACACACGUCCCUGCCACAGGCACAGUGCCCUCACCCUCCACAGUGCCGUGGACACCUACCACAAGAGGAACCACCCAAGCCCCUCACUCUGUCAGCACAGCCAAAACCUCCACCUCCCUGGUGUCACACCCCUCCGCACCUGCCCACUCUGGCACCACAUCUGCUCCACGCACCACCAUCUCCACCAAGACCACCAGUAGAGGCACCGGCAGCCCGGGGACACACACUGCCACGGCCUCGGCUACUCCCAACGGGCCACACACUCCCUUCACUACUCACUCCCCCCACACAGGUUCCCUGUCCAGCACCUCCCACAUUACAGGUCCACCGACAGGAACAUCAUUCCGGACCACCACCACCUUCCCAACCGCAUCUCCAUCCAAGACCACUCAAUCCACUCACGUUCCAAACUCUGCCACCUCCUCUGUCACUCCCACUUCUCACAGAGUGAUCACCACAACACAACCCGAGACCCACUCUCCUUCCAUCUCUACUGCAAGGCCAACAGGCUCUUCUCCAUCAUCGACACACGUCCCUGCCACAGGCACAGUGCCCUCACCCUCCACAGUGCCGUGGACACCUACCACAAGAGGAACCACCCAAGCCCCUCACUCUGUCAGCACAGCCAAAACCUCCACCUCCCUGGUGUCACACCCCUCCGCACCUGCCCACUCUGGCACCACAUCUGCUCCACGCACCACCAUCUCCACCAAGACCACCAGUAGAGGCACCGGGAGUCCGGGGACACACACCGCCACGGCCACACCCAACGGUCCACACACUCCCUUCACUUCUCACUCUCCACACACUGGUUCCGUGUCCACCACCUCCCACAUUACAGGUCCGCCCACAGGAACAUCAUUCCGGACCACCACCACCUUCCCAACCGCAUCUCCAUCCAAGACCACUCAAUCCACUCACGUUCCAAACUCUGCCACCUCCUCUGUCACUCCCACUUCUCACAGAGUGAUCACCACAACACAAUCCGAGACCCACUCUCCUUCCAUCUCUACUGCAAGGCCAACAGGCUCCUCUCCAUCAUCGACACACGUCCCUGCCACAGGCACAGUGCCCUCACCCUCCACAGUGCCGUGGACACCUACCACAAGAGGAACCACCCAAGCCCCUCACUCUGUCAGCACAGCCAAAACCUCCACCUCCCUGGUGUCACACCCCUCCGCACCUGCCCACUCUGGCACCACAUCUGCUCCACGCACCACCAUCUCCACCAAGACCACCAGUAGAGGCACCGGGAGUCCGGGGACACACACCGCCACGGCCACACCCAACGGUCCACACACUCCCUUCACUUCUCACUCUCCACACACUGGUUCCGUGUCCACCACCUCCCACAUUACAGGUCCGCCCACAGGAACAUCAUUCCGGACCACCACCACCUUCCCAACCGCAUCUCCAUCCAAGACCACUCAAUCCACUCACGUUCCAAACUCUGCCACCUCCUCUGUCACUCCCACUUCUCACAGAGUGAUCACCACAACACAACCCGAGACCCACUCUCCUUCCAUCUCUACUGCAAGGCCAACAGGCUCUUCUCCAUCAUCGACACACGUCCCUGCCACAGGCACAGUGCCCUCACCCUCCACAGUGCCGUGGACACCUACCACAAGAGGAACCACCCAAGCCCCUCACUCUGUCAGCACAGCCAAAACCUCCACCUCCCUGGUGUCACACCCCUCCGCACCUGCCCACUCUGGCACCACAUCUGCUCCACGCACCACCAUCUCCACCAAGAUCACCAGUCCGCCCACAGGAACAUCAUUCCGGACCACCACCACCUUCCCAACCGCAUCUCCAUCCAAGACCACUCAAUCCACUCACAGUGAUCACCACAACACAACCCGAGACCCACUCUCCUUCCAUCUCUACUGCAAGGCCAACAGGCUCCUCUCCAUCAUCGACACACGUCCCUGCCACAGGCACACUGCCCUCACCCUCCACAGUGCCGUGGACACCUACCACAAGAGGAACCACCCAAGCCCCUCACUCUGUCAGCACAGCCAAAACCUCCACCUCCCUGGUGUCACACCCCUCCGCACCUGCCCACUCUGGCACCACAUCUGCUCCACGCACCACCAUCUCCACCAAGACCACCAGUCCACCGACAGGAACAUCAUUCCGGACCACCACCACCUUCCCAACCGCAUCUCCAUCCAAGACCACUCAAUCCACUCACGUUCCAAACUCUGCCACCUCCUCUGUCACUCCCACUUCUCACAGAGUGAUCACCACAACACAACCCGAGACCCACUCUCCUUCCAUCUCUACUGCAAGGCCAACAGGCUCUUCUCCAUCAUCGACACAUGUCCCUGCCACAGGCACAGUGCCCUCACCCUCCACAGUGCCGUGGACACCUACCACAAGAGGAACCACCCAAGCCCCUCACUCUGUCAGCACAGCCAAAACCUCCACCUCCCUGGUGUCACACCCCUCCGCACCUGCCCACUCUGGCACCACAUCUGCUCCACGCACCACCAUCUCCACCAAGACCACCAGUCCGCCCACAGGAACAUCAUUCCGGACCACCACCACCUUCCCAACCGCAUCUCCAUCCAAGACCACUCAAUCCACUCACGUUCCAAACUCUGCCACCUCCUCUGUCACGCCCACUUCUCACAGAGUGAUCACCACAACACAACCCGAGACCCACUCUCCUUCCAUCUCUACUGCAAGGCCAACAGGCUCUUCUCCAUCAUCGACACACGUCCCUGCCACAGGCACAGUGCCCUCACUCUCCACAGUGCCGUGGACACCUACCACAAGAGGAACCACCCAAGCCCCUCACUCUGUCAGCACAGCCAAAACCUCCACCUCCCUGGUGUCACACCCCUCCGCACCUGCCCACUCUGGCACCACAUCUGCUCCACGCACCACCAUCUCCACCAAGACCACCAGUCCGCCCACAGGAACAUCAUUCCGGACCACCACCACCUUCCCAACCGCAUCUCCAUCCAAGACCACUCAAUCCACUCACGUUCCAAACUCUGCCACCUCCUCUGUCACUCCCACUUCUCACAGAGUGAUCACCACAACACAACCCGAGACCCACUCUCCUUCCAUCUCUACUGCAAGGCCAACAGGCUCCUCUCCAUCAUCGACACACGUCCCUGCCACAGGCACACUGCCCUCACCCUCCACAGUGCCGUGGACACCUACCACAAGAGGAACCACCCAAGCCCCUCACUCUGUCAGCACAGCCAAAACCUCCACCUCCCUGGUGUCACACCCCUCCGCACCUGCCCACUCUGGCACCACAUCUGCUCCACGCACCACCAUCUCCACCAAGACCACCAGUCCACCCACAGGAACAUCAUUCCGGACCACCACCACCUUCCCAACCGCAUCUCCAUCCAAGACCACUCAAUCCACUCACGUUCCAAACUCUGCCACCUCCUCUGUCACUCCCACUUCUCACAGAGUGAUCACCACAACACAACCCGAGACCCACUCUCCUUCCAUCUCUACUGCAAGGCCAACAGGCUCUUCUCCAUCAUCGACACACGUCCCUGCCACAGGCACAGUGCCCUCACCCUCCACAGUGCCGUGGACACCUACCACAAGAGGAACCACCCAAGCCCCUCACUCUGUCAGCACAGCCAAAACCUCCACCUCCCUGGUGUCACACCCCUCCGCACCUGCCCACUCUGGCACCACAUCUGCUCCACGCACCACCAUCUCCACCAAGACCACCAGUCCGCCCACAGGAACAUCAUUCCGGACCACCACCACCUUCCCAACCGCAUCUCCAUCCAAGACCACUCAAUCCACUCACGUUCCAAACUCUGCCACCUCCUCUGUCACUCCCACUUCUCACAGAGUGAUCACCACAACACAAUCCGAGACCCACUCUCCUUCCAUCUCUACUGCAAGGCCAACAGGCUCCUCUCCAUCAUCGACACACGUCCCUGCCACAGGCACAGUGCCCUCACCCUCCACAGUGCCGUGGACACCUACCACAAGAGGAACCACCCAAGCCCCUCACUCUGUCAGCACAGCCAAAACCUCCACCUCCCUGGUGUCACACCCCUCCGCACCUGCCCACUCUGGCACCACAUCUGCUCCACGCACCACCAUCUCCACCAAGACCACCAGUCCGCCCACAGGAACAUCAUUCCGGACCACCACCACCUUCCCAACCGCAUCUCCAUCCAAGACCACUCAAUCCACUCACGUUCCAAACUCUGCCACCUCCUCUGUCACGCCCACUUCUCACAGAGUGAUCACCACAACACAACCCGAGACCCACUCUCCUUCCAUCUCUACUGCAAGGCCAACAGGCUCCUCUCCAUCAUCGACACACGUCCCUGCCACAGGCACAGUGCCCUCACCCUCCACAGUGCCGUGGACACCUACCACAAGAGGAACCACCCAAGCCCCUCACUCUGUCAGCACAGCCAAAACCUCCACCUCCCUGGUGUCACACCCCUCCGCACCUGCCCACUCUGGCACCACAUCUGCUCCACGCACCACCAUCUCCACCAAGACCACCAGUCCGCCCACAGGAACAUCAUUCCGGACCACCACCACCUUCCCAACCGCAUCUCCAUCCAAGACCACUCAAUCCACUCACGUUCCAAACUCUGCCACCUCCUCUGUCACGCCCACUUCUCACAGAGUGAUCACCACAACACAACCCGAGACCCACUCUCCUUCCAUCUCUACUGCAAGGCCAACAGGCUCUUCUCCAUCAUCGACACACGUCCCUGCCACAGGCACAGUGCCCUCACCCUCCACAGUGCCGUGGACACCUACCACAAGAGGAACCACCCAAGCCCCUCACUCUGUCAGCACAGCCAAAACCUCCACCUCCCUGGUGUCACACCCCUCCGCACCUGCCCACUCUGGCACCACAUCUGCUCCACGCACCACCAUCUCCACCAAGAUCACCAGUCCGCCCACAGGAACAUCAUUCCGGACCACCACCACCUUCCCAACCGCAUCUCCAUCCAAGACCACUCAAUCCACUCACGUUCCAAACUCUGCCACCUCCUCUGUCACUCCCACUUCUCACAGAGUGAUCACCACAACACAACCCGAGACCCACUCUCCUUCCAUCUCUACUGCAAGGCCAACAGGCUCCUCUCCAUCAUCGACACACGUCCCUGCCACAGGCACACUGCCCUCACCCUCCACAGUGCCGUGGACACCUACCACAAGAGGAACCACCCAAGCCCCUCACUCUGUCAGCACAGCCAAAACCUCCACCUCCCUGGUGUCACACCCCUCCGCACCUGCCCACUCUGGCACCACAUCUGCUCCACGCACCACCAUCUCCACCAAGACCACCAGUCCACCGACAGGAACAUCAUUCCGGACCACCACCACCUUCCCAACCGCAUCUCCAUCCAAGACCACUCAAUCCACUCACGUUCCAAACUCUGCCACCUCCUCUGUCACUCCCACUUCUCACAGAGUGAUCACCACAACACAACCCGAGACCCACUCUCCUUCCAUCUCUACUGCAAGGCCAACAGGCUCCUCUCCAUCAUCGACACAUGUCCCUGCCACAGGCACAGUGCCCUCACCCUCCACAGUGCCGUGGACACCUACCACAAGAGGAACCACCCAAGCCCCUCACUCUGUCAGCACAGCCAAAACCUCCACCUCCCUGGUGUCACACCCCUCCGCACCUGCCCACUCUGGCACCACAUCUGCUCCACGCACCACCAUCUCCACCAAGACCACCAGUCCGCCCACAGGAACAUCAUUCCGGACCACCACCACCUUCCCAACCGCAUCUCCAUCCAAGACCACUCAAUCCACUCACGUUCCAAACUCUGCCACCUCCUCUGUCACUCCCACUUCUCACAGAGUGAUCACCACAACACAACCCGAGACCCACUCUCCUUCCAUCUCUACUGCAAGGCCAACAGGCUCCUCUCCAUCAUCGACACACGUCCCUGCCACAGGCACAGUGCCCUCACCCUCCACAGUGCCGUGGACACCUACCACAAGAGGAACCACCCAAGCCCCUCACUCUGUUCUGAGCCCAGCCAACCAGACACACCUAUGCCCGCAGAGGUCUGCCGAGUGCGGGAGCUGGAGGAGGAGCUCACUUACCAGGGGUGCACAGCCAACGUGACAGUGACCCGCUGCGAGGGUGUCUGUGCCUCCUCAGCCAGUUUCAACGCCUACACCAACCAAGUGGACACCCUCUGCAGCUGCUGCCACCCCCUUGGCUCCUACGAGAAGCAGCUGGUACUGCCCUGUCCAGACCCUGGGGCACCGGGCAAGCAGCUGGUGCUCACGCUGCAGGUGUUCAAACGCUGCGCAUGUGGCCCCUGGCGCUGCAGAGACCAGGGGCAGCCCCCCUGGUGAGAGGAUGAAGCACCGCUCCCAGCGCCCAGCCCUCUCCCCCUCCCAUCCCCUCCCCGGCUUGCUGUGCCCGGCAGCCCCUUUCUAGGCCUGGCCUCAGAGCCCUGGGUGCAGCUCAUCCAGGCACCUGCAGGAAGGGCCUACCGGGCAGGGGUCCCGCAGACCCUGGCCCACCCCACACAAGCCUUUCGGGACACGCCCACCCAUCGUCCAUACUGCCUCCCAGCCUUAGAGGGAAGCUGCCCGGCCCUGCCCAACCGGACCCUGGGGCCCAAGGAAGGGCAAUGAUGGGCAGGGGAGAGGCAGCAAGGAGAGGGGCCGAGCAGUCGGGAAGGGAAGUGAGGGCACCAGCCUGCCCACCAACACAGCUCGCCCG